AUGGGCCACUCGUACUCGACGGACAAGCCGACAGCAGAGGAUCCGCCUGCCAAAGCCGACUACUAUGAUCUUCUUGGGGUCGAAAAAGCCGCGACCGAUGACGAGCUGAAGAAGGCAUACAGACGGAAAGCCCUCGAGCUACACCCCGACCGAAACUAUGGCAAUGUCGACGAGGCUACAAGACUGUUCGCCGAAGUCCAGACCGCCUACGAAGUGCUCUCCGACCCGCAAGAACGAGCCUGGUAUGAUUCGCACAGAGAUAUAUUACUACGUGGCGACCAAGCCGGCGCAGAUGGUGAAGAAUUUUCCUACAACAUUCGUAUGACGACCGCAGUUGAGGUCCAGCAAUUGAUGCUCAAAUUCAACGGUCGUUUGGAGUUCAGCAACGGCCUGAAUGGCUUCUAUGGCGGUCUCCAUAGCUUUUUCAACCAGUUGGCGAAAGAGGAAGACAUUGCUUGUCAAUGGGAGAACGAAGACCCCAUGGACUAUCCCGAUUUUGGCUACAAGGAUGAUCAAUACGAGGGUAUCGUGCGACCAUUUUACUCUGCAUGGACUGGAUUCGCGACGAAGAAGAGCUUUGCAUGGAAAGACCAAUACCGGCUGUCAGAGGCACCUGACCGUCGGAUACGACGCUUGAUGGAGAAAGAGAAUAAGAAGCUGCGCGAUGAGGCGAUUCAGGAGUACAACGACUCGGUCCGAUCACUAGUCGCCUUUGUGCGCAAGAGAGACCCUCGCGUACAGAACAACCAGAAAUCGGAGGCCGAGCGGCAGAAAGUCUUGCGAGACGCCGCUGCAGCACAAGCAGCGAGAUCAAGAGCGCAACGAGAUGCGCAACUACGACAUGCAUUGAGUGACUUCACGGCUGUUCCCGACUGGGCACAGUCUCGAGAUAAAGACGAGUAUGAAGGCAGCUUCUCCAGCGAGUCUGAAGUUGAAGAACACGAAUACGAGUGCGUUGUCUGUGACAAAAUCUUUAAAAGCGAAGCUCAAUUCCAGGCUCACGAGAAAAGCAAGAAACACACCAAGCUACUAAAAGAAUUAAGGAGGGAUAUGAAAAUUCAAGAUCUCGAGCUACAGACCGACAAGCAACUUGAGAGCGAGGCGCCUGAUGGCGCGGACAGCGAUCAUCACCACGAAGAUGUUGUUUCCGGCAGCCCAAAGUCUGGUCUUAACGAGGGAGCACAAACGGUCGAACCAGACCGGAGAGAACAUGUGAAGGCAGAACGUAAUGGGAACUCGCCUCCGCCUUCUACAGCAGAAGAGGAUGAUUCAUCAGAUGACGAUGACGAUUAUGUUUCACGAGAGACAAUAGCAGAGCGGCUAGCAGGAGGGGAGCCAGAGAGUCUGACUGCGAAGCUCGCCGAUGCAAGUCUUGAAGGCACUCCCGCAACGACAGAUACAGAGGGUACACCCGGUCCCAAAAUGGGAAAGGCGAAGCAGAAGCGGGCAAAGAAAGCGGCUCAACAGGCCGCCGGUUCCGCACAAGCUGCAGCAUCCGAAUUCCGCUGCCAAAGAUGCGGGAACGAUUUUCCUACAAAGAAUCAACUGUUCAAGCAUUUGAAGGACAAUCCAGGUCAUGCAGCACCACUGCCACAGGCGAAGGGCUCGAAGGGAGGUAAAGGCAAGAAGCGAUAG